ACGGUCAAAAUAAACAUGGCAGUCGCAUGUUUUCUAUGACAAUUUUAGAGAUACAAGAAAUUUAUUUCCAUCACCAAAAAAAGAAUUCAUAUUACCAAAUACUUUUUGAAUACAGAAAUAAAUUCUCGAUUGGAUGUUAUAUUCUUAAAAGCGUUUAAAUCAAAUUAAAUUAAGCCAAAGAAAGAAAAAGAAUGAGACCGACCAGUGGUAAAUCCACAACAAGAUCAAGAGAUGAGUUCGGCAGUACCUCUAGAACAGUUCACGUUAACGCCGGUUCCGGAGAUGUUACUUAUGAGGAUGUUCUAGUCUCUCGCUAUUUAGAAGCAUUGCAGAGCACACCUACAAAAUAUAGCACUGUCGCAGGACCGUCUCCUUUCAAGCAGAAGUUUGUGGAGACUCACGCUUUCCCUAGACAUCGUCCAGUUUCAGCCUAUUCUAGUGCCACAAGCGAAAGUUCAUAUAGGAGGGGUAGGCCUGUAAGCGCCCCCGCCUUCAGAAGACCCCUCUCCUCAACUUAUGGAUCAAGACCAGCCAGUGCUAAAUCGACCGCUUCAAAAGUAAAAUCUCUCUAUCGAAAGCUUUCGCGUCCCAUUGUAUGUACUGCUUUCAAAAAUGGAGAUAGAAGCAUUUUUUGUAGGGUUACUGCACCAGAUUUUAGAACGUUACUUGAUCUAUGCACUGAUAAAUUGGGAUUGACAUCAGCUGCAAGAAGAGCAUUCUACGACGAUGGAAUGGAAAUUACGAAACACGAUUCAAUUGAAAGAGAUGCUGAAGUAUAUAUAUCAUGCGGUGAAAACUUUAAAGAUCCGUUUACUGGAGCAAAGAGAUCUAUAAAACUAUCGAAAAAGGUUAAUUGGACAGUUGGAGGAGUAGUUCAGACUGGGGAGACUAAAAAACAAUUUACAAAACCAAGAAUAUCAAAGAGAAUGAAGAAAAUGUUGGAAUCUAACAAAAGACGAAUUUUAGUAUUCAAGAAUGGAAAAGGAACUGAAGGUGUUGAAAUUGUUGCUGAUGCAGAUAGGUUCGAAGAGUUUUUAGUAGCCUGCACUGCAAAACUGGAUUUGAGAGGUUUUGCUAAGACGUUAUUUGAUUGGGAAGGAACUGAGCUACUUGGAUUUUGGAACGUUCCUAUUUUGGAUACUUGCUUGCAAACUAGCACAACUCCUGUUCUAGGACCAGUAUGGGUUGGAACAGGAGAACCUUUUUCACCCAAAGGUGUCGUCGAAUUCCUUGAAGGUCUAAUAGCUUAUACCAAAGCUAAAUUAAAAGAGGCUAAAAUCUAUAAAAACCAGCUUCAAAUGGCUCAAGAGGCUGCAAUAGAAACAGACGAUGUUAGACGGGAACAACUCCGUUCUGGUAUCAAUAUUACAACUAUUCUUUCAAUGGAAUUAAAACAAAUUUCGUCAACAUCAGUUAUUGUUGCAAGAGAUUUAGAUGACUUUACAAACGCUCUUAAUCAUCUAAAAGAGCAAAUGGAAAAGCUAAAAGAACCUUUAUUCCACGAGAAAGAACUAGCUGCUGACUAUAGUCAUCAGCAUAUCCCUAAGAUAAAUAAAGAUAACCGUUUAAUAAGAUCUGCUAACGUUAAGCUAAGAGUGUUUAAAAAUGGAACCUAUAACGAGCCAACAAUUGUCUUCUUUAAUAUACAACUAAUGGAAAGAGGACUAAGGAAUGAUAAAGAUAAGGAAAAGAAAUUAUUCGAAAAGCUUUUGGACACUUGCGCCGAAGCCUUUAGAACAAGUGGAAGUCGUAAAUUAGCAAAGAAACUUUUCGAUAUAUCGGGAAAAGAAUUAUGUAACGUGUACGAUUUACAAGAUGACCAAGAAGUUUGGUUAGGUUUCGACGAUCAUUUCAAGAGUUUUCAUACCUACGCUGUCUCGGCUGUGGUUGACAAAGUACGAUGCUAUAAAGGUACCGAUGGAAAACUUUUCGGUAUUAGAGAACAACUAAUGAAGAAUGAAGUUGAUGGGAAGACUAAAAACCAUUGGAUUACUCACUCCGGCUUUGGUGAAAAUUUCGAUAUAGAUGAUAUUUCUCAUGCAGAUUCUUAUACCAUUGAUGUAAUUAUGUCUCAAGCGGAAACUGCAAAAUUACCACCUGAUAUAACGUAUUUAGUGGAUAAGACCGAUUCAAACUUAAUUGUUUAUCCGGAAGUUGGUGUUGAUGUUAAAAGUAGUAAAGAAAGUAUCUUUCCCCAAGAAGCUCAAAUAUGGGUCCUUUCUAAAGAUAGAUAUAUCCACUGUAAACAUUUACCCCAAUUGGUUCUCGGAGCAAGUGAUCAUAAAGUAACGGCUAAGCUACGACAUCCAACCGAAGGUGAAACUAACAUCGGUCUACAAGGAUACGUUGUAACUUUACAAGAGAAACAAAAUGGAAAUAGAAGUCAAACUUGGACGUUUACAAAGGAAGGUCAUAUUUACGCUGAAAGUCAGCCAGCCCUAUUUUUAACUUAUGUUGGUUCGAAAGUGAAUGACGAAGAAGGAAAACUAAACAAUGAAGAAGUGGGCCUUCCUUCGGGCGUAAAAAUUUACUUGGCUGUUUGCGAACUGAUUGAAGAUAAUAAAUGGAGUAAAGCUCAAAAAUUUGCGUUCAAGCAAGAAAAAUUAGAAAACUUAGGACAGUGGAAACAUACAAAAGUACAAAACACUGAAUGGAGUAAAAGAGCUCUCUCCUGGCCAGUAGACGAACAAGGAAGCUUAAAUGAGGAUUAUCAAUGGCCGAUGGAAGGUUACUUAUUACCUUAUGCUCCUCCUAUGCAAAAAAAGAUAUCAUCUACUCCUGCAUCAAAUCCACCAUUGAGAUUAUUAACAUUAAAGAAUGGAGUAAGAGAUAUACGUCAAGCAGUUAGUGUUGUUGGACCGGAUUUAACAAAUAUGAAGAAAGAUUUGAAUAAAGGAAAAUCUAGAAAUUCAAAAAAAUUUAAUCCUGAAGAUGAAGACAUGAAUCAGAACGAUGACAAUCUUUCAAUAUUAAAAUUGGAAUUUAUUCUUUUCUUGGAAAGUGCAACUUCGCUUUUAAAUCUACCUUUUGCUGGCCGUCGACUUUUUGACGAAAAGGGAAGAGAACAUACAAACUUGGAGAAAUUAAAUAGAGAUCAAUUGGUCUACAUAAGUUGUGGUGAACCUUGGAGCAAUCCUUUUAUGACUAAAUCUGAACAGCAGCGCCGCUACCUAUUAUCGAAUUUGGGAUCGGAUAUCACUCAUAUAAGGCAGUUUGUUCGUUUAAGGGACGGUGAAGGGAAAACUGUAUUUUAUAAUUUUAAACUAAUUGAUACAGGGUUAGUAUUGGAAGCUGAAAAUCUUAGACCCGGAGCAAAAGUUAUAGUUAAUAGUAAAAUUCACACUGGUCCCGAGAGCGAUGACGACGGUGAACUUUUGAAAGAUGAAAUUGGUGAGGGGGACAAUGCAAGCUUUAAUCAAGGAUCAUUAAGCUCCCAUGAUAGAUCUCAUAUUCAAUCUGAAGAUUGGUUAAAUAAAAGAAAGUGGCCUUGGGAAAGAACUUCUAAUGGUGGAAUAGAUGAAGUUAAGGCGGCAAAUCAACAAGAAAAGGCCUUUACUAAUCAGUCGCUGGUUAAAAAAUUUCGAAGAAAGAGAAGGAAAGAUCCAACUGGCAAUUCAAUAGUACUACAAAAAUUCUAUUUAGACGAUGAGUAUAUCGUAGCAAGAGCCAAUAGCGAUCUGGUAUUGGGCAUUGAAGAAUCAGAAGGACGAACAAGAUCAGUAAUUCUAGUAAAGAGAAAAAUUGACGAUAUCUUCCAAAGAUGGUCAGUUAGGGAUAACGGCGUCAUUGCCGCAAAAUUUAAUUCAUCUGUAGUUUUGACGGUAUCAAUGCCAUCAGCAACAGUGAACGGAGAAGAUGAUGUACAGUGUUCUUACAUUGGAAAUCCUAUAGUUGUUGCUCCAAAGAAAACUGUUCAAUUUGGCCGAGCAAAUCAAAAAUGGCAAUUCGACUCGGAUAAUAAUUUACUGCUCGCCUUUGCCACUACAAAAGAGGACUUAGAAAUUACUGCAGCUAACUGCGCUAAUGUCUGUACAGCAACUGUGAUGGGACAAACCGAAAUAGAUCAACAAGGUUACGAAGUUAAUCUAGCCAAGAAAGGAGAGGCGCCUCUUAAGGUUUGUACUUCUUGCGCAAGAUCCUUAAGAGGAAGAUAUAAAAUGGAGAAAAUUAUUGGGAACGUUGACUUUACAUGCGAUAUGGCUUCAGCCAAACAAUUAGGAAUAAAGCAAGUAGGAAGUCUUAAAUGCUUAAUGGGAAAAGUUGACUUAUCUACUCAUGAGGCUGAACAUACACUUCUUGAAUGGACGAAGAACUUUGAGAAAAUGAAACAGGAGCUUUCCGUUCGAAGUUUAGCUCAAAGUCUUAAUGCUGCAAGAUCUCCAUACACAGUAAAAAUUUUGGCCUACAAAAAUGGAGACGGAAGACUUAGACCUCCAGUAACAAUUAUAGGAUCAAGUAUUAGAGGAAUACUGGAUCAAGCUACUCAUCGCCUAAACUUAGGCUGGAGAGCCAAUAGACUUUAUACUGCAAAUGGUAAUCUGUACUUAGACAUUGAUAGUUUAAUAGAGGGAGUUCGCGACCAAUAUGUUGAAGAGGCAAAACAACAAUUGCAAUCUGAAAGAGCCGUCGAAGAGGAAAAGGAAGAACAAAAGAGUAGUGGAUCACAGAAUGUGGAAAAGAUAUAUGGACAUCAAGUUCUUGAUGAGAGACCUCUAAAAGAUAAAUGGUCGUCUAUAGUCAUAAUUCCAAACCCCGAGUCUCAAGCUGUAACUGCUCCUUGUACGCUUGGAGCAUGGCAUUAUCACGCCCAGGCGCCUGGUUUACUUUAUCUUCAAAUUUGGCGACCUGAUCCUAAGAAUGAUGUCAAAGAUAAGCCAGCUUACAGUUUAGUAGUUCAGGUUCAACAAGAUAUUAAGACAGAGGGUGAAUAUGAAUUGGAUGCCACCACAAUAGAGGAAUGGCAAAGUUCAGGUGGAAUUCACUUAGAACCUGGCUAUGUGUUUGGUUUCUAUUGUCCCGAUCAGAGUGUUUUAGCUUACGACAUUGUUGAAUCGCGAAACGAGUCACCACUUUGUUGUCAAAUUUCUGCGGAUCACCUGGAUGGAAGUAUCCUUUUCACUCGUCUACCUCAAUCAAAAGAGAGAAACUACUCAAUGAGUAUAAAAGUGUUUUUAGAUGAGCCUCCUCCAGCCCCGAAGAAAGAAGUUGCUAAACCAGCUAAUAUUGAAAUAGAGAAACCUCCCAUUGAUAUGAUAUUGCCUUAUCCUAUUGAAGCAUGGUUUUCUUGUGGUGAACAAUUCAUUGAACCAGAAAAGGUUGAAACUAAGCAUUCGGUACAGAUUAAGGAACGAGACGAGCGUUCUAAUGUCUCAUACGAAUUAGAGAAACAAAAACAUAUACUUCGUCAAAUUCAAGGAAGGAGAAUUGAAAGUUUAAGUUCCGGUGUGUUUAGAUCCACCAACGAUCCAGAUAGACCAGUACUAAUCGAUGGUAAUUGGAUGCACCCUUCUCACGAAGAAAAAGAGGCCCACGAUAAAGUUCAUCAGUUAACUACUCAUUUGUCGGAGAUGAAAGAUAUGCAACAGAGUAGGAAGAAGCAACGAAGAAGAAGAUCCACGCGUCUAUAUGUAGAGCCAAGUCUCAAGAGAAUAUUAGUCUAUCCUAACGGAGAGAGUAUUCAUAGAGCAGUUUAUAUAUGGGGUGAUAGUCUGAGCCAAUUAUUGGAUCAUGCAACAACCAGAUUAAACUUAAACAAAGCCUCAAAGUAUAUAUUUACAGUUGAAGGAAAAUUAAUUGAAGACGAAAAUGAACUUGAAAAAGACCAAUUGGUUUGCGCCAGUAAUACAAAACAGUUCAUGAAGCCUAAAGAAUACGACGAAUAUAUAGAAAUGAGAGCAAGAUGGGGAAGAGAUUGGAAAAAGUACGGUUCUCAAAUAACCGAUCUUGUCGUAACGGCUAAAAAAUCAGAAAAAGUAGAUGUAGAUCCAUUCGGUCCAGCAAAAUCUGGAAAUAAGUCAAAUUCUAAAAAGAAAACAAAUACUCAAAAGAAAUAA